AUGUCUGUCUGUCUCUCUGUCUCUCUCUCUCACACUCUCUCUCGGUCUAUCUAUCUAUCUAUCUAUCUAUCUAUCUAUCUAUCUAUCUAUAUAUAUAUAUAUAUAUAUAUAUAUAUAGCGGGGGAGAUAGAGACAGAGAGAAGGAGAGGAGGGAUAGCACUGAUAUCUAUCUAUCUAUCUAUCUAUCUAUCUAUCUAUCUAUCUAUCUAUCUAUCUAUCUCAGCAUGUUCAUAUCUAUCUCAGCAUGUUCAUAUCUAUCUAUCUAUCUAUCUAUCUAUCUAUCUAUCUAUCUCAGCAUGUUCAUAUCUAUCUAUCUAUGUAUCUAUCUAUCUAUGUAUCUAUCUAUCUAUCUAUCUAUCUAUCUAUCUAUCUAUCUCAGCAUGUUCAUAUCUAUCUAUCUAUCUAUCUAUCUAUCUAUCUAUCUAUCUAUGUCCUAAUUCAUUAUCUAUCUAUCUAUCUAUCUAUCUAUCUAUUAUCUAUCUAUCUAUCUCAGCCUGUUCAUAUAUCUAUCUAUCUAUUUAUCCAUCUAUCUAUCUAUCUAUCUAUCUCAGCCUGUUUAUCUAUCUAAAAUCUAUCUAUCUAUCUAUCUAUCUAUCUAUUAUCUAUCUAUCUAUCUAUCUUGUUCAGCCUGUUUAUAAAUAUCUAUCUAUCUAUCUAUCUAUCUAUAAAAUCAAUAUCUAUAAAUCUCAGCCUGUUUAUUCAAUAUCUAUCUAUCUAUCUAUCUAUUUAUCUAUCUAUCUAUCUAUCUCAGCCUGUUCAUAUCUAUCUAUCUAUCUAUCUCAGUCUCCUGUUCAUAUCUAUCUAUCUAUCUAUCUAUCUAUCUAUCUCAGUCUGUUCAUAUCUAUCUCAGCCUGUUCAUAUCUAUCUAUCUAUCUAUCUAUCAUCUAUCUAUCUAUCUAUCUAUCUCAGUCUGUUCAUAUCUAUCUCAGUCUGUUCAUAUCUAUCUCAGCCUGUUCAUAUCUAUCUAUCUAUCUAUCUAUCUAUCUAUCUAUCUAUCUAUCUAUCUAUCUCAGCCUGUUCAUAUCUAUCUAUCUAUCUAUCUAUCUAUCUAUCUAUCUAUCUAUCUAUCUAUCUAUCUCAGCCUGUUCUUUAUAUCUAUCUAUCUAUCUAUCUAUCUAUCUAUCUAUCUAUCUAUCUAUCUAUCUAUCAUAUCUAUCUAUCUCUCAGCCUGUUCAUAUCUAUCUAUUCAUAUCUAUCUCAGUCUGUUCAUAUCUAUCUAUCUAUCUAGCUAUUUAUCUCAGCCUGUUCAUAUCUAUCUAUCUAUCUAUCUAUCUAUCUAUCUAUAUCUAUCUCAGUCUGUUCAUUAUCUAUCUCAGCCUGUUCAUAUCUAUCUAUCUAUCUAUCUAUUCAUCAUAUCUAUCUAUCUCAGUCUGUUUCAUAUCUAUCUCAGUCUGUUCUAUAUCUAUCUCAGCCUGUUCAUAUAUCUAUCUAUCUAUCUAUCUAUCUAUCUAUCUAUCUAUCUAUCUAUCUCAGCCUGUUCAUAUCUAUCUAUCUAUCUAUCUAUCUAUCUAUCUAUCUAUCUAUCUAUCUAUCUAUCUAUCUAUCCCAGCAUGUAUCUUUCAUUUUUCCGCACUGGUAACCGUUACAACACACACGCGUCGCACUGAAUUGAAUAUCUAUUGCAAUUAUCUAUCUAUCUAUCUAUCUAUCUAUCUAUCUAUCUAUCUAUCUAUCUAUCUAUCUAUCUAUCCGAAUAUGUAUAUAUGUAUAUAUGAACCUACACUUUACUUCGGCUUAUAUUUAUUGAACUUACUGUUUCACUCGUUUGGGAUCUAUCUAUCUAUCUAUCUAUCUAUCUAUCUAUCUAUCUAUCUAUCUAUCUAUCUAUCUAUCUCAAUUCAUAAUCUAUUUAUCGAUACAGCUUUCUCGCUUUAUUUCUUUCUCUCUCUCUCUCUCUCUCUCUCUCUGUUUCUCUGUCUGUCUGUCUGUCUGUCUCUCUCUCUCUAUAUAUAUAUAUAUAGAUAG